UUUUCUCCGUGUUUCUUUUACUUUUGUUUGAGAUCAGUUGCUGCUAUGCCUGCAAGCACAAAUCACGGACCAUGAAAUAACCAAGUUCGAGAAGAAUUCCUUCUCUCUCUUUUUAAUUUUCCUGCCAUUGCUUAACAUCGAUGAAGAGAUGCAGAUCCGGUUUUAGAGAAGGUUCUGCACAUUCGAUGGAGUGGUAAUCUAAGGCAGGAGUAGCACAGCUGUUGUGUGUUGUAGAAUGGGGUACAUUGGGGUUCAUGGUAUUGAAGGCUUGCUUAGGCACAAGUAUAGUGGUGUUGACAGAUCAUAUGUAGCCAAAUAUAUAUUACAGCCUUUCUGGAGCUAUUGCGUCAAUCUCUUUCCCCUUUGGAUUGCGCCUAAUGUGAUAACCGCUGUGGGCUUGUCCUUUAUUCUCACAUCAGCUUUCUUAAGCUAUGUCUACUCACCCCUACUGGAUUCUCCUCCUCCAAGAUGGGUCAACUUUGCCCACGGUUUGCUAUUGUUCUUGUAUCAGACAGACAUUUGAUGCAAUUGAUGGGAAGCAAGCAAGGAGAACAAACUCUACAAGUCCUUUGGGUGAGCUGUUUGAUCAUGGUUGUGAUGCACUUGUUUGUGCGUUUGAGACGAUGGCGUUUGGGAACUCUGUCAUGAGUGGACGUCAUACUAUAUGGUUUUGGAUACUUGCUGCCAUCCCGUUCUACUUUGCAACAUGGGAGCACUUUUUUACCAACACACUCAUUCUUCCUGAAAUAAAUGGGCCUACAGAAGGGUUAUUACUUAUUUACAUGAUUCACUUCUUUACAUCUGCUGUUGGUGCUGAAUGGUGGAUACAUGGUGUUAGAGAUUCUAUAAAGUUUGUAGAUCACAUUCCCCUAAUUCCAAAUAUGCCGAUAUAUCAGUUUCUUAUAUUUUUCAUGAUGGCUGUUGGAGUUCUGCCGACCAUUGUGUACAAUAUUUUUAACGUGCACAAAGUUCUUGCUUCACGGAAAGGAAACAUGACAAAUGCUUUGGCUAUGAUUUUCCCAUUCCUUGGACUUGUGGGAGGAGUUUUUAUAUGGGGUUGGUUAUCUCCAUCGGACGUACUGGCAACUGAGCCCCAUCUCAUGUUGAUGGGAACUGGAUUUGCUUUUGGAUACCUAGUGGGAAGAUUGGUUCUCGCGCAUAUCUGUGAUGAGCCCAAAGGAUUGAAGACAGGAAUGUGCAUGUCACUAUUGAUUCUCCCUCUGGCCAUUGGGAAUGCGUUUUCUUCCAGAAUAUUGGAUGGGGUUCCUUGUGUUAGUGAGCAUAUGAUGGUCGGCCUUUAUUGCUUUUUUACAUUUUCUCUAUGGCUGCACUUUGCUGUUGGUGUGACCCAUGAAAUUACAAGCGCUCUUGGCAUUAAAUGCUUCAGAAUAACACGCAAAAAAGCUUGAGAUUAGGUCUCCAUUCAUCCAUAAUUUAUGCUCAAACUUGUAAGAGAAGUUACUUUUGGGUCUCUUUUUCCUUUUUAGUGAACCCUUGCUCCUCCACUCUUAUUGGAAAAUUUGGUUAGAUUUUUGUGCUAUUUGUAUUUAUAUAUUCAAACACCUCAAAAGGAAACAUGAUGUAAUAUUGAGGUUUUAUUAUCGUCAAUUCUGACUAUUGAGGUAAU